AGAUCUCUCGAACAGUUCGCUCGAGCACACCAGUACGUAUACAGUCACCGGUGAGAUAUCAAAACGAGUAGGCCGGUCGAAAAUGGUGCGUCAUACGUAGCUGCAACUGGGUAGAAGGAGGAUUAGGAGAAAUGGCCAACAGGAAUUGGAAGAACGCCAAACACCAGCAAAGGUGCACGUAGCCAGAAAAGCUGGCCGUGUCUUAUGGGAGCUCCACGGAAAUCGAAACGGCGGAGCCGCGAAAACAAUCAAAGAAACUUCGAGCUUUUAUUUCUCCAUCGCAAACCUUUCGAGAUUCCACCGCUCAACGUCUCAAAGUGUAGACAUAACCGCAAGCUAUGCGGGCUAUGAAAAACGGAAAUCACGCUUGCAGGUCGCUGGCACUCAAGCCAUAGCUUAAAGGACUAGAGAUCUUUUGGAGGCCAUCCUUUCAGCAGAUGAUCUGAUGAGUUGAGAAGGGUCUUCCCAUAUUUAGUUACAAACCACAGGAGCUGGAUUGGUUAGAACCUUUUUUUUUCCACUGUUAAGGUAAACUCAUAGGAAACUUAAAGACCUAAAAUCUUCCAAGUUAUUGCUAAUGUACUGCAAGGGAACAGAAAAGAAAAGCGAAAUACCGCAUCUUUGAGGGCUUACCGUCGUAAUGUCACAAAUUGGAUAUUUCGGAAACACUCCAAAAGCCGGUCUUUCACUGUUCUAUGUGGGUCAUUACGCUGGUGAACCGAUGAAAAUGUUCGUUUAGUUGAAUAGUUGUGCCGCUCUGCUAUGGAUAUGAUCCAGAGAAAGAUCCGAACCAAGAGAAAAUAAGGUGAUUGUAUAACUAUCGCUUAGAUCUUCCAAUUCCUCAGGAGAUCUAACCAGAUCAAAACAAAUUUCGAACUACAUUAGCUUCCAAUAUUCAGGGAUAAACUCAUCUAAAUUUUUCGUAUCUGCGCUUCUUGGCCGCAGAAUCCUCAAUCUGAGGCCAGUUUCCAUUUGCCAAAACUUGCUAAUCAAUCCGUCCUGUUCUUUCCAUCGACUGGCUUUAGCCACACUAACUCAGUCCUCUGAGUAGGGUAGGGUCGGUAAGUUUUCUCGCUUUUGCGAGGAUAACUCGCAAAAUGCGUGGGAGUUUUCAGAAUUAACUAUACCAUCGUCGAUCAUAUUUUCGCGGUGACAUUCGCAGGGCGGGAAUUUUGUUUCUUAAAAAAACAAAACAAAACAAAAACACAGAAAGGUUCAUUUGCAUUACUUACGAGAAAUAUUGAUGCAAAAUCGCACAAAUAUCACUACGAUUAUAUAACAAUACCCUCAUUUGAUAAAGGAUCUCGAUGUAAGUCCUUGCAAUGCAAAAAGUUUCCCAUAUCGAAAAUUAAGCAAGUAAUCGGAAGGAUUUGUUGUUUGACAGCAUCUAUUGACGGUAAGUGUUUGACACUCAGUAGGCGAUGUUCUGUCUUCGAAAAACAUUAUUUCUUACUGCUUACAUUUUUUAUUUUUUACAAAAAUGUUAAUGCGCUUAUCACAAAUUCUGUAGAUCUACAGGUAGCGUUUAGAUCACGUACAGUUUGAGUUAACUUUCAAAACUUGAAAUUUUUCCAACCUGAACUCUCAUACUCUUGAAUACAAGGAAGUCCAAGGUAAAUUGCUUAGAUAUAGAGAUUUUCAUUUCCGUUUUUAAAAAACAGGGCGAUUUAUAAAGGCGAAAAAAUUUCGAAAUCGUUGUGUUGUAAACUCUGUGGGGUAAUCGCUCAAGCGUGUCAAAUGUUGCGAAAUAAUUGACGUCAAAGCCACUGUUUGGAGUUUCGCUUUGAUAUUAUGUCUAUUGAAACUUCCGACAUUGUUUUAAAAAUCUACAUAGACCGACAUAAAGAAUAUGACGUCAACACCCUAAUACCUGCUGCUAUCAAGUCCUCUAUGAAAAUUAUUUUUCGAUAUUAAAAUUUUAAAUUGAAUGCUUGUCCUUACCAGUUCCGUGUCGGAAAAAAACAAGUUAUUUGCAAAAUGAACACAAUCAGCUUGUAACAUUAUAUAAUAUUUGGCUAGAGAUCAGUUAUUGAGGCAACGUUAUCGGUAAUAUGCUCUUGAACUCUGAGCAUCGAAGUUAGUGCACCGGAAGCGCAGAACACCAGAACAUCGAACAGGGUAAAAGUUUAAAGUAUGGGUCAUUGUCCAAUUUUCGAGAAAGAUAAAUGAUCGGUACAUUUCGAAAUCGUCAUUUUUGCAUAUUACACCUGGGAUAUACAUGUGUGCCUAAGUUCGGCAGAAUACAGAAUACAGAAUACACUUUACAUGGAUAUAAACCACAAGAAAUAUUUCGGUAAGUAAGAAUUAGGCAAUAGCACUAAACACGCAAUAGCACUACUUAUAGUAACACUUACGCUGAGUUAUGUAGCAUUAUUUUCUUACAUAGAAAUUAACUUCAGACUAACAACCAAAAAUUUUUGGAUUAAAUUGUAAAAAUGUAUUUACCCAGAUUCGUGUUUGUUACAUGUAAAUGAGUGACAGAGGAUCUCUCUGUCACAACGAAGAAGGAAGGUCAAAUAUGUUUUGAAAAACUCACAGUCGUUUACAUUGUGCCUUCAACAUGUAAGCUAAUUCAUACGAUUCACCUGGCCGCGGUUCGCAAGGUAAACUUCGUAGCGGUUUCAAAAAAUACAGUUUAUGACACGCGUGGAAUUUUAAAAAAAAAACUCUGAGUUGCAUUUAUUUAUUAUGUAAUUUUGCAUUUAUUAUAUUAGAUAGAGUCGUAAAAGUAUUUUUCAGUAAAGGUUGUGUCGAUAUUUUACAGCAGUUUCGAAUAGCAAAGUAUAAUUUGUGCCUGGAAGACAUCAUGAAUUUUAAUACAUUCUGUUUUUUUGUUUGUUAUUUUUUUUUUGUUUUUUUGUUUUUCAAUGCGGGAUUCGUUUUGAAAUCACCUUUCAGUUUUUUUUAUACGUAUCAAAUUCGACGAAUAUAUUUUUUCGUCGUUGCGCAGCCUGAACCGGUUUGCUAAAGGGAAUUCUUUGAACACUGUAUAGCCAACUGGCUGUCAACUGAAAUUUUCCAUCUACACACGUCAUCUCUCAACAAUAAGGUGAUUUUUAUACGAUAAUGGACAAUUUUAGAACAAUUUUGACAAUUUCACACAACCAUUUUGUUUUUCUCGUUUGUUAGCUGUUAUUUCAGAAGAGGUGAAGCCUGCUUCUUGUCAUCAAACUUACUAAUUAAAUUGCAAGGAGUAUAGCAAAACUCUCUCUAAUUCAAUUUGUGUAUUUUGGGUUUUUCAAAUAUUCUGCAUUUUUGACAAACCACAAGAUGAGUGAAUUUUUAACAGCAUGUAUCAGGACUGUGGCAAAUGAGUUUACAUUAAUCUUUUUUUUUUGGUUUUCUCUCAAAGUCAUCCCCAUUCACACGCAAGAACUAGGCUCAUCGGUUUUAUUCAGUUUUUUGAAAAACGCAAUCAGUUUCUGAUGAAGCGUGUUUUUGGCGGAAUUCAGUAAUUGCGUGGGAAAAAAAACCGGGGGAAAUAAUGCACGUUUUAUUGAAGUAGCUGAGGUAGCCAUGGGACAUUGAUGUGUAUUGUGUUAAACUGUCAUUGACUUCCGUCCGUCUGUUCCAACCCUUCUGGGCAAGACCAAAUACGUCAUUUAUAAUUUUGCUAUUGUUUUCGUUUCGUCUUGCCGGAACCAACCUUGCGAAUCUGCUGGGAAAAAAGGCCAAAAAUCGUAAGUUUACUCUGGCAAAAAUUUUGUAGCUGAUAUUUAAGUUCCCUUAAAAAGUUAGCAGUUUUCAUGUUGAAACUUAAGCAUUUUACCAUGGCAACUGAUAGCGUGAGCUUCCUGUGAAGCAUAACGUAGCUCUUCACACAUUGUUAAUUUGCAAUGCAUGGACUACAAUUUGACAAAUACUUGGCAGUUAAAACAACGAAUUCACGACGUGUGACUGAUGUAGAUUUGUUUUGUGGUGAAACGACGCGAAGCCAAUCGACUUUGACCUUAAAAACAUAUAAACAACUUCUUAAUCACGCCAGUGAAAGUCUACAACCCUGAAAAACUGCUGGAACUACUUUUACAACACACAGAAUACGACGGUAGGUAACUAGACACUGCAUGAAAAUAUCAUUCAUGAAAAUACACGUUUCAAAUGAGGAUAAUACUGAAUUGUUAAACUAUUUAGUAAUAUUGCUUCAAAGUGUUCACCAGCUACGAAGUACAUUCAGUUCGAUGAGGGAUGUUUGCUUAACAUAUUUGUCACAAACAUACCAUGUUAUAACGAUAGUAUUUUCUGUAUAACUGAACAGUUUUUAUUCAUUGUUCAUCAGGAGAUCACCUAUGUUAUAGUAUUCUUUCUUGUAAACACGCAAUGGUUCUAAGUGAAAAUUUUGGUCUUGAACAAUAUCUCCUUUAAAUCGACAUCUAAUCUGAUCAUCUAUGUACGAUAUUGGAGAAUCUAACGUGAUUUCAGCCAUACACGGUGCCCUUGGCUCCAGAGCAAGCACGUCCGUCCAAGAAAUGUGCUAGCAAGCAAUUUUAACGCCAUCGUUUCUUGUAAACAAAUUAUUCAAGGCUUGCUUCAAUUUUUUUUAACACGUUUAACCUAAAUACACAAGAAUAUUAAAUAACCACAAGAGGCCGUUAAGACUAACUGAAAAAAUACGUAUCUUAACACCUCGACACAGUUUCCUACUCAGUUUGCAACAAUAUAAGCAGUAAUGUUCUAAACUGUGUUACACUUGUGAAUGAUGGCAAGAUUUCUGUCGUUUACAACAUAACGACUGUCGACUAAACUUACUCCGACGCAGACAAUGGAAUCUGCACCUUUCUCUUUCCACGCUCGGCUCAUACCCCCGAGACAAUUCAAUCAGGGAGUCAGAACUCGAAAAACAUGAAUAUGUAUUAGAGAUACGGCAACUGGCACGUAUCAUCUAGCCCGGCAGGGUCGUUUAUAAUCCAUUAGCAAAGGAACUUUACAUUAGGCUCUUGAAAUAGAGUGGAUAAAGUUGCCAGCUCGGAAGUGUUCAGCUGCCUUGCGAAAGUCAUAGGUUUUUUCUUUCGGCGAGCAGAAGUUACUUCGCGAAAAACUCUCCAUAUCGAGAAAAGGUGUUAUAAGACGUUUAAUGAAAAUCAGGGUUUGGUGCCUUUUGGGAUGAUGACGUUAGUAUUGAUCUGACAUUUUUUUAAAUUUAUUUUUUAGUUUAGAACAGUAUUUACAGCGUUCGCAAUGGCGAACACAAGCCCCUGUUUUCCGCAGUUUCCUCAUCAUGAUGUCAAGCCAGCAGUUUCCUCGGGUUGCGCGCCAUUUUCGUUCACUUAUGAAAAUUUAUACAAAUGUUUGUAUCAACGCAAUGAAGAAUCAACCAGCCAAACAGCUUUAGGAAAGGUGACAAGUGCACCGAGGCGAAAAGGUAAAGCAUUCUUCAAACUGGUCACUGAUAACUCAGGAUGCACUAUUAGUAUUUCUGUUACCUAGUAACAGCAAGUCUUAUCUUACCUUGAAGUCACGUAUAGCAGUAUUUUCCUUAAAACCCGGACAAUAUGAUCGAUAUAACUGCAGAUUAUCAAUGGAGGGAGCCGAUAUUGAUAACUAAAGUGUUUAAUUCUUUAAAAGAAACUCAGAUGUUUGAUUCUUUCCCUAGCUCAAUUCGAUAUGUAUGUUUCAAAUCAUCUUUGCUUAUUUGUAAACUGAGCUCAAAAUUAGCAUCGUUUCUUACCGAUCGUCGCGGUCUGUGAGACUGGGACCCAGUAUUAUGUACGUUUUGUUUCCUCUGAGGUUUUCAACAAACUUAACGCCACUUUAGUUCAGGAGUUCAAUCAGGCUGCUCUUAAUCCAAGGCAAACGUACUUUAGAGUUGCAUAUCAUCUUACAUUCUAGAGAAAAACAAACUGACUUUCAAGGGAAGAUGUUCUCCGUUUCGUCUCGAGCGCGUGACACAGAAAGCAUUUGAGCUCUCUAUGAAGGUCACGAUAUAAGGAUAGAUUCUUCUCGGGGUGCUUAAAAAUUGUUCUGUUGCACGCUCUUGACGAAAGGAAUAACAACUUUCUUUGCUCGUUGAUUAAGCUCAAAAUCUAACAUCUUUCGUACUCUACAAAUUCAAACCUUGAUUCUUCUUUCUGGACUCAUUUAUAUGUUCUGCUUAUCACAAAUAAUUUCUAACUUUAUUUUAUUUAGGUUCAGUGUCAUCUUCUAAAAUGACAACAAAAAAGAAAAAUGGCGAAAAACUGACGUUUGCAAAAUCCUCUUGUCCGGAUGAACUCGAUCUUUGUCCAUCAACCACUGGUUCUCAAUUGGGAAUCCGCACAAGACAAGUUAUUCCAGAAGGAACUUGGAUGGGUCCAUAUCAAGGCAAUAUUGUUAAACCUAAUCAAGUCACGGCCGCCACAGAUACCUCAUACAUGUGGGAGGUAAAGAGGUUUUUACUCCUUCUUAAUACCUUACGUUUACUCCAAUAGGCUAAAUAAUUGAUUUGCCUUCGUAACACGAAAUCAAUGCUUAAAAUCAAAUUGGCAAUCAACAUUUAGGAUUGACAACUUGAUUUAAUUACAAAAGUCAGUACUUAAAAGUGCGGGAAAGGGCACGCGACUGACCAAUUUACGAUUCUGUGAUUGAUUUUAGCAGCUGGCGGACAAGUUUUUUCAAGCCAAUCAUAGCAAAUGCAGUUCAAACUAAAUGUAAAAUAUUUUUCUGUUGUGAAACUGCAUUAUAAUAUCAGUGGCUAAUUUUAGAUGUGUUUUGAGGUCUGCGAUAAAUCUGAACCAUUAAGAGACGCUCAAAGCACCUCAGUCUCCUUGUCUUGUUGUACCAUUCAAGUGUCCUUUCACUUCAAAGAUGUCAUUAGUAAUUCUCCUUUCUUUCUGUCAUACAAUUCUUAUUGUGCUAGUUCGAAGAAUUCGAUAUUGGAUCAACUGAUAACCCCCUAAUUGAUAUUUUUCUCUAUUCCCGUCACUUGUCUGCUCGAUAUUGUAUAAAUAUUGUCAAGAUAAAAUCUGGUAGACGCAUUGGUAGACGAUCUGGAAGCAACAAAUGAUUAGACUAAAAUCCCUAAUCUGACAAUCUUUUUUUAGAUAUACGAAAAUGGUAAACUGCUUCAAUAUGUGGACGGUAGAGACGAAACAACGUCCAGUUGGAUGCGUUUUAUAAGAUGUGCUCGUCACAAAGAGGAACAGAACCUUUACGCCUUUCAAUACAACAAAGAGAUUUAUUACAGAGCAUUUGCUGACAUUCCUGCGGGAUCAGAACUACUGGUGUGGUACGAAGAUACAUAUCCACAGUACAUGGGUAUACCGCUGAACAUCACCGAUAUCAGUUUAGAGGUUUAUGGCUCAAGUACGUAUUACUAAUCAGAAAAACCUUUAAGGUAAAUUACAGUGAAGUGUACAAAGUGCCUUACAAUUUCCCGUCCUUUGUUCUAUUCAUCGCUGAUUGAUUUUUUCGAAAACAAUUCGUCAUUCUCUCAAUCAAUCCAAUGUAAAAGGAUACUAGAGGAGUUUUAAUUAAGUGUAGAAAAGCGAAAAAGUACAGCAAUCGCAAAGACCUAUCAGAAGAAAGGUUUACAUCAUCAUUAGCCAAUGAGAACUCAAAGUGAAAAAAGCGCGGGAAAAUUCCAGUGACCAAGUUGCAAUUGUUUUUGUUUUUGCAUCUAAUUGGUUGGAAGGAUGGCGCGACUUAUCUGGUCCAAUCACAGAGCAAAGCUAAGUAAAAUCAAAGCAAUCUCGGCGCUCAAUUGUGAAUGGCUCUAAUUGCGACUUAACGUAUUUCACACAGGUUCUUCAGCACAGUUUGGUUCAUCGGUCCAGCUCAAACCACCCACGGAAUUUUCUGGCUGGAAAAACACCCCAAAAAUAUCACCCCAUAAAUCACCAGUGAUUCAAAAUUCUUGGUCAGCGGUCGUUUCACUUCCCCCUGAAUAUGCGCAAUACCAUGCUAAUUAUCUCGUGACUGCAGACGGUCCUCAAUCUAGUCAUACGCGAAAGAAACGUCGCCAUUCACAGACGUAUCAUUAUGGACAACAAGGCCCAGACUCUCAGCGAAGAGCUAUUGUGAUAAACAGUGCUACCGAUGCGCCUGAUCCAUUCUCGAUUCUAGCAAAAGAGAAAUGAAAACAUUCCACGUCACAUGGCCGGACUAAAAAGUUUUACACGCUUGCGCAUCAGUUGAUUUCCUUCAAUCUAUUUAUCGAAGUCGAGAAAGAGGAUCCAACCUGUUGGACAUUGUCUUGAAUUAUUAAAUCUAGACUGACCUUAUAGUUGGAUACUUAAAAAACGAAAUUUAGUAUUACUUUGAUCCAGCCCUGAAUCAAGCAUUUUUUAAUUUGUUUUGGUGAGCACUGCCUUGUCGUCGUUACUGAGAGACACGUAGUUAACACUAGAGGGGGUAGACGAUAUGCGCUAGAAACUGACAUCAACUUUGUAUAUAGUUAAUCUUCCACUGUACAAAAUAACAUUGAUGGCGCACAGAAACCUGUGACAUGUAAAAAAGAAAAAACAAUUCUUAACUUGUAAAUGUUCUAUUUUUCUGCAAAGCAGAUAAAACGCUUUUCGUUUAGUAUAUUCAGUUACUACGUUGGUACGUAUUUCCAGAGUACUCGUCCAUCCAAUUUGCAGUUGUUAGAGGAAGUCGUGUAUGACGGUAUCCACUGCAAGGAGAAAUUAAUUAUCAUAUUGUACAUUCAAACGGGGUCAUCAACUCCAAUAGACGGUGGAAAGUAACCCUUCAGGUUAAACGGAUGGAAAAUGUACAAACAAAAUUCUACAGAAAGCUCAUUUUUGUUACUCUUUUCAUUCCAAUUUGAAUACAAAAUAUCCCUAAUGAUAAAUGCUUCUACCGUUGAGUAUCUUCUUGAGUAAUUCCCAGCAAAAAAAUUAGAUAUUUCAAGAAACGAAGUGGAUGAGUGCUACUGGAUAAGUGAUGACAUUUGAGAGACAUUAUAGGAAAACUUGACUAAGUUGUAUUAGUGCAGUGAAAAAACCAGAGAUGGACAUUAAACUGACUCGGUG